GGCAUGCGCAGCGUCGCGCGCGCAGUGGGCCGGCGGAGCGCGCGCGUGCCAGUGCCUCUCGUCCCGCGUCCGCGACCAGCCCGCGACGCGUCUGCUCCCGCGCCCGCGCCCGCGUCUGCGACCGCUCAGCGUCUCACCCGACGGCGGCCUUUCUAUAAAGACUAGCCGGCGCGAACACUCGCACGCAGUCACGACCCAACCACUCACUCGUGCACCCCGCUGACACGCGACAUACAUUACCCCGCGAAACACUUGACUCGCAACUCGCCUCAAGGAAGGAAGUAAUCAUCACCAGAUAAACAUCUCAGCAACAAUGGCAGAAAACGACUGGGGAUACAGCGGCGAGAACGGUCCUUCAACAUGGACGGAGAAGUUCCCAGAAGCGCGCGGCGCCCGGCAGAGUCCAGUAGACAUCGACACGUCGAGGAUAAGCAGUGGAGGGAGCGCGCCAGCCCUCAAGUUCAAAUACUCCGUCAACCAUCCCCGAUCUGUUGUGAACCCUGGCUACUGCUGGCGAGUAGACGAGAAUGGAUAUGAGUCAGAAUUGCGAGGUGGUCCUCUUGGCCAUGACGUGUAUAAACUACAGCAGUGGCAUUGCCACUGGGGCGCAGUCAAUGGUGAAGGCUCAGAGCACACCGUGGACGGUCGCUCCUUCUCCGGUGAGCUACACCUGGUGCACUGGAACACUACAAAGUACAACAGCUUCCAAGAAGCUGCCGGACAGCCUGAUGGACUUGCAGUUCUAGGCGUACUAUUAAUGGUCGGUUCAAAGCAUGACGAACUGGACAAAGUGAUUCGGUUGCUCCCGUUCAUUACGCAUAAGAACGACAAGGUGACCCUGUCUGACCCCCUGGACCCCGUGAAGCUGCUUCCGUCGCAGUACGCGUACUGGACAUACCCCGGUUCCCUCACCACCCCACCCUGCACUGAAUCCGUCACUUGGAUCCUGUUCAAGCAGCCAGUACAAGUGUCCGCUGAUCAAUUGGCAUCGAUGCGGAAACUGAAGUGCGGGGAGGCGUCGUGCGGCACGGAGGCCAUGGAGGUCCUGCACAACUACAGACCCACGCUGCCGCUUGGCAACCGUGAGCUGCGCGACUAUGGCUCGGGCAACUAACAGCGCCACCACCACACCACGCGGUAUCAC